GAACCGUGCCGGACGCGUCCACUGAAGCAACGCGAUCAGCCUUAUCCGUGUGAUUUGGAAGUUACUUCCGUUUGCGCAAACCUUGUUCCGCCGAGAAAGGGAAGUCGUUACGUGGUUGCUUUUUCUUCUUUUUUUUGUAACCGCCGAUUCUAGCGCUGUCAGACGUUUCAUGCUCAGCUUUUGGUUUUUUGUGUUGUGUUGUCUCGGUCCAAAAACUACACUACGUACUGAAACAGGUCAACAGAACCUGUGCAGUAUGUGCUACCGUCAUGUGUUUCCGGGGGAUCAAAUAGAGGACGGACUUGUAAACAUGAAAAGCGUGGGUGCGUUGCCCAUAGCGUUGCCAGCUAAUGAGCUAGGCGUACUGUGCUCACAUCCAGCCCGGGGUGUGUAAACAUGAGUUUCAGGAAAUGUGAUAGGUGUUGAGGAUAGCGAGCCUUCUCAAACGGCGCACAGAGCCACGGCUUGCUGCAAUAUUCCCUCAGCCUUUUAUUUUAAAUGUUUACAUUCUAACAAGUUAGCCCGUCAGAGCCUGUUGUAAAGAAAUGAAACUACUCUUUCUUGCCUGCCUUAGCCCCCAAACUGGGAACCACACCACAGCUGAGAGGAUAAGGUCCCACAUUGAAUCAGCAGGACACACCUGUGAGCUCAGAGAUGCUGCAGAGUUUCAGUCUCCUGCUGAGGUGGCAGGACUUGUAUCUCGGAAUCCUCCAUUUGAGGGUGUGCUGGCUAUUCACCUGUUCAGAGCAGGCAGGCUUCUUUUAGGCAUCCAAGUACCCUUUGGCAUUAUCUUUGGCGGAACAGACAUAAAUGAAGAUGUGAAAGUUGAGCACAAGCGUGUGGUUAUGGAGCAGGUGCUGCUGAAAGCCAGAUUUGCAGUUGCAUUUACUGACAAGCUAAAAGAAGAAGCAGAGUUAUGCUUGCUGUCCCACAGCAGAAAAAUCUAUGUGCAGCCCCAAGGUAUCCACACAGAAGUGACUGAGAAAUUCUGCUGGACUGAAUUCUUGAGGAGCUCAGGUGUAAGCAGUGAGCAUGUGGAUGAGCUGCGUGUCUUCCUGUUGGUCUGUGGCCUCAGAAGAGUCAAGGAUCCCCUCUAUCUGGUGGAGGUUUUUUCAGAGUGGCAUUGUAAGGAUCCACAGAAUGUGCUGGUCAUUAUUGGUCCAAAGAUUGAUCCUGUGCUCACUGAUGAAGUGGAAGCUGUUGUUCAAAGAACAGCAGGGGUCUUCUUGGCCCAGGAGAGGAGCCAACAGGAGCUUCACGCAGCCAUGAAAAGGUGCUUCGCCGUUCUCAACAGCUCCGUCUCAGAGGGCAUGUCAGCAGCCAUCUUGGAGGCCAUGGAUCUCGGGGUACCCGUGUUGGCUAGGGACAUUCCAGGAAAUGCAGCCAUAGUGCAGCAUGAGUUCAAUGGCCUGCUGUACUUGUCUCCUCAGGAAUUCGUACAUCAAUCUCAGAGGCUGUUGUCAGAUCACGAGCUGAGAGAGAGAGUGGUGAGGAAUGGAAAACUCUACGUGGAAGAGCAUCACGGCCUGAAACAGGAAAGAGAAACCUACCAGCGGCUGGUGGGCACUCUGCUCUGAGCGUGAGCAGACAGCUUUCAGCCCCGAUCCUAAUACUUUCUCAGGAACUUUAGUGACAGAGAACAGGGCAUCAUACUGCUGUAUUUUCAUAACAUAGAUACAGAUAUAACAGAUGUCUUUAUUCUCGGUAUAUUAGGAAAUUGCACCUCAAAGGUGUUAAUCCUGUUUUAUCCUAUGUAUGCUGCAGAUCACUUUAAACCAAAGAUCUAAUAUAGAAGUGGUUGGUUGUCUUUCUAAAAAUAUAUAUUUUAUGUAUUUAAAAUUUACGAUAUAAUGUUAUUUAUGGUGUAGUAAAAAUAUAGAAAGAUGGAUUCUCGUUUUAUUAAUUUGGAUUAAUAAAAAGGGAUUACAAUGCUGGUUGUUGUUCUAAUCUGAAAAGACUGUUGCACUCCCUAUGUAAAAAAAAAAUAAAAAAAAAAAGCUGCACAUGUGCCCUCUUGAAUGUCCCCUUGGUAGAUAAGACAUGAUAUACUGCCCUUCCAGUGAAGAAAAAAUGUCAAUAUUAACACAACAGUUCUAAUCUCAGCCAGGGUUUGGAACUGUUUCAAUAAAUGCAACACAAGCUCCUGCAUGCUUGUGCCCAACCAAA